AUGGGGCCACCAUCUGAGGCCUAUGUUAAUGAGCCAGUGCUUUUAUUAAACUUGCCGCCAGGAGCUGUCAGAAGUAUCCUGAACUCCUGGUGUGCUUCAUCUACCUGGCGGACAGUUCGAUUAGCCCAAAACAGAAGACUCAAGGCGGAUGUCCUUUCAUUACCCCGAUUUUGGGGUAAUAUUAAGCAGGAUUAAACUUCUCAGAAUUGUUGUUCAUCUAUAAGGCUUACAAUUACAUGCAAGACAGCUGCUCUAGGCAUACACUUUUUUCCAACUUUUUCAAGUAUUAAAAAAGCCUGUUGGAUCCCUAAAGGAUUUAUGAAGCAGAUAUGCCAGACAAGCAUAUGGCAGACACAGCACUGUGGUUACAGCUGAGAUACAUAACUCUGAUAUUGCUCACAUUGAUUUGGUUAUAAACACUCAGUGUGUGUGUGUGUGUGUGUGUGUGUGUGUGUGUGUGUGUGAGGAUAGACAGCGUGAAGCAUGCUGAUAUCGAUUCACUCGGACACUUGCUGUGGUAUGCGUUUCCUGUGUACUUUAUGGCUGCUGUAAUUAGCUGCAGAGCCACUGGAGGACAUGCAGGCACCUCUGUUCCUUCUUCGUUUUAUCUAUGUAAACUCAUUUUCAUGGUAAAAUGGUUUUGUACUUGCAGCCUGUGUUUUUGCAUUGAAAGAUGUGCGCACUCACUUCUGCCAGGAUUAACUAUCAGAGCUGAUAAACAGAUUGGAAAAAAAAAAGUCUUGGGCGACGCUAAAUGGCGAUAUGUAUUCCAGGUGUGUCUCUGUAAUCUCUUAAAGUGCAGUUUUUGCAUCUGAAAGCAGAUUGCAUGCCCAUGCAGCUCCUCAGCAAUUAGGAGGCGAGUGUCAACAGUCAACCUUGGCCAAGUCUUAAUGCUCCUUUGGCCGUCUCCAGCCCUUGAACUAACAACAUCACUUCCUGAGUCCCCGGGGAGAGGAAAGUGAAGAGGCAUUUCUGGCUGAGCUGUUUGGCUCCAUCGCGCAUCAGACAGAACAAAUCGAUUAACUUCGAGCACUGAUUGAAAGCAAUACACCUCAGAGAGAAGUAGCUCUGUCGCCGUGACAAGGUACCAGCAGAAGUAUUAAUGAUAAUGAUCCUGAAAUAAAGGACUCUGCUGCUGCUGUUGGAUCACAACUAGCUCUCAUCAUGCUGCCCAGCCAAUGCUAGAUGAAGGCAGAGUUGCAUUAGAAAAAACAAAGCUCCAACAGACAAAAAGCAAUUCUUAUGAGCUCCUUUUAAUAAAAGAGAAGAAUUAAAUUAAGUCAAGCCAAUUAUUCACUCUGUGAGUAAGUAUCUGCAGAGGAAGUUAAUAUUCUCUCACAGUUUAGGCCAAGUAGGGGUUUUUAAUUUCCACAAUGCUUUUGUUUAUGUCUGAAAGAGUAAUUUAAUUCCCAUCAGCUUCUUACUUUGCCUUUAGUGCUAAUUAGAAAAUAUUAGCAUGCUAAAAAGCUAACUCAAAAGAGUGUACAUAUCUGCUAGACGUCAGCAUUUUUUGGACUGUCAUUGUUAGCAUAAUGCCAAGCUAACAUUAGCAUUUCAUUACAGCCUCAUAAAGCUGCUCCCUGGAGCUAAAGAUCGGUUUAGCUUGACUGGCAUACAAAAGGAAAUGAUAAAACUCACAGUACCUUUACCUGUACCUGUAACUACUUUUAUUUUACUCUUUGAUGGGCUAUUAGUUUAAACCUUGUUUCUGUUGUGUUACGGGGGGAUGUUGGGGAUGUAUUUCCCCAGGUGUGGUGGUAAUAAGAAUAUCUCAGGAAUAUAAAUGAGCCAAUAAGCCUUUGCUGGCUUCAGCUGUUGUGUGAUUUGGCUGGCACGUUGUUGACACAGUAUUAGUAGAGACUCAGGUAGAGGCUUGUUAGCUUAGCGGCUGCACAGGUGGGAUCAGGCACAAAUCUGGAUGGGGAAGCAAGAAGUGAACAUCAGGAAUGAAACUACUGUAACAAUGCAAACAGUGUUUCCAAAUAUUUACAUGUAGGAGCAGGUUAUCAGGAAUUAAAAUGAUUUUGACAAAUAGAGACAGGAGGCCUUGAAAGGAAGCAGGAUGAGUCGGCACAAUGUGAACAAGAGAGUUGUGUGUGUUACAUUAAAUGUGGAAAAUACAUUAGGCUUGCUGUGAGACUCAUGUUUGGAAAGCCUGGCAGGAAGAAAAAUCCUUCCUCUUCCAAAGUCUUGGAAGCAAUGAGCGCCCAUUCACUUCUCUAUAACGUGGCUUAGGGAUCAUGUGACCACACAUGCUUCCCAGCUCCAAGUGUACAGCAACUCUUUCCAGACGCCAAUGGAAAACUACAGCUGUAGCUACUGUAUUUCCUCCAACGCACUCCACAAAACUUUUUGGUCUCUCUCUUUCUUUGUGUGCGUCUCUUUGUCUCAUUAGCUUGUGUCAGCAUAUUCCACAAACCCAUCCCCCCUCCUCUGCCUUCUGAACUCUAACUCUGGAUGGAAAGACUGAGACGCGAGGGAGGGGGAAAAAGAGAAGUCGUCUGAAUAUGUGUCAGUUGGCCAAAUCAGCUCCACAUGCUUGGCGUCAUGGAGCAGGAUGUGGCAGACUAUCUACUGGUUCUUCAUCUUGUUUUGUUUUUUCCUCUCUCCACAAACCCCCUUCCUUAUCUCCCUCGGUAACUAUCUUUCGCCCUCUUCUUUAUGGACCCCAUUCCCUCUCUUUAUUGUGCCCUAUUUUGUGCUUCCACCUCCGAUGUCACCACAGGCAAAUUAGACUUUAGUAAUGUAUUGCGGCGUCCUGCUCUGGUCUUAAAUCGGAGGCACGCUCUGUGUGCGGCGGUGUUGUAACUUAAGUUUUUUGCUGCAGCAGUGGGAGCGUUUCAGCUCAAUGCCUGGCAGUUUGACUUUAUUCCAUGGCUUAUUGCUGCAAUAAUGCAGACCAGCAAACUGAGGAGCCCUGUUCGCGCACACACACACGCUGGUUUAUUCAUGCUGGGCUGGAGCCUCGGUUACAUUACCAGUCAACAAGAGCCAGUGUUGGGUAUUAAGCCAAUUUAGUGAUACACACUAGUGCAUCGAGGCUUUUAAUGACUAUCAAAAGCGAGAGUCGCUCACGCUAAUUCAGCACUGCAUGCUAGACUGUGUUUUCAUGCGACCACCCAUCCAUAAGAACUCAUGGCUCUCUCUUUCCUCAUUGAUUGACUGAUUUAUAUCGGCACUCAUGCUUGAAAUAGAAUCCACUUCUUGUCUGUGGUGAAAAUGCAAGGACUCGAGUGCACUCACUGUGUCCUCUCCUCGGCUCUGAGUGUGUGAGGCAGAUGUUCGCUAUGCAUGUGCAAAGGUUCACUGACUGCAACUCUAAAGGUGAAUACGAAAAACAAAUACAAAAAGAUAAAGUGUGCUUCUUUUUUCAUUCUCUUUCUCUCUUUUCUUCACCAACCCCACCUACCCAUCCUGUCUAGUCCUCCCCCCAUUUCUCAGCCUUUCCUUCGCACCCCCAUCCCUCAUCCUCUUAGGGGAGCACGGGAGCAUGCAGUGGAAAAAACUGAGCCAAUAAAGACACUGCCAGAAUCCAUCCACUCCCUGUGCCUCAUGUAGUUACUGAGGGAGAGAAAGAGUGGUGGAGCGGCUGGAAAGAGAGGCAAAAGUCCACCGUUAACAUCUUAGAUGGAGGAGGUUAGUGUAGAAAGGGAAGUAGGAGGUGUGAGGAUAGGUGGGGAAGGGGGGUAGAAUGAAGAUGGAUAGGCUUGGAUGGUUGGAAGAAAGUUCUAAGAGGGAACAUGUGGAUGAACAUAUGGAGAUGUACCCAGGGAUGUUUGUGACGGAGAGUCUGGCCAGUCUUGGAGUCUCCCCUUGGGGGCUUUGCAACAGGUGCAAUCCUUUACAGCCCCGCAGCUACAACUUUUAUGUUUGUUAGUGGUGGAAAGCUCGAGAGUCCUCAUGCUGUUAUCGCACCGGAUUGCCUUUCUGCUUAGUUUUAAUUGGAGAAACUUAAGAACUUAGAUUUGAAAGACCUAGUUUGAAAGUGCUGUCUUAAACAGAUGUUCAACACGGAGGGCAGAGACGAGUUAAAGUUGAACAAAAGGUGAGAUAAAAUUUGGUUCAGGUGAGGUCUCUUCUCUCGUAAAUCAUUGAGUGUUUCCAGACUAACAUACAUUGCCGCCUGAUUAGCUCAUUGAUCGUCUUUUUCAAAGAUGGCCCCCUGCUGAUUGCUGGAACUAGGCCAAACCCACCUACCAUGCACAGUAUGUGAGACGGUAACAGCACACACCAUGACAUGCAAGCACACCAAGCCUGGAAGUCCUAGACUAGUCUACCCAAGCUGUAUCCAGAAGCCCUCCGUUCCCUGUCAUUUUGUUUAACAUCAGCACAGACUGAUCCCAGAUGAGGCCAAUUUCAUGGCAACCCGUACCCCCCCUCAGGCUCUGCAUUUUACAAUAUCUCAUUCAGGGAUCCUUCACGGCACACUAUCAUUUUGUUUUUCCAUUUUUUUUGUUUGUUUUCUUUUUGUGAUGAAGCAUUUAUGAUUAUGUCUCUCAGGGUUGUCAUAACAAUUUACUCCCACAAGGCCAAGAUAUGAAAGGCUCAUAUGCAUGUGAACUGGAGCAUUUAGAGCAAUUCUCAUUGAAAGUGUGGUCACAUGCUGCAGCAUGGCCUGGUUUUUCUUGUAAGGAGAGAAGAGCUUUGAGAAAAUGGAGGAGAAGACAAAUCUAUUAUCUCGACGUCACUCUCAGGAGGCGUCAAAAACAGUAUCCUUUCUUGUAUUACACAUAGACCAUCAUGAUAAUUGCAUCCUUCUUGUCAGUCAUUUUUCUUUGUCUUCCUCUCACAGGCAAAAAAAGACAAGAAUAUCUUCAAAAAGAGGUCUAACAUUUGUUAUCUCUAACCUUACUUUUCAUCCGCAGAUGUUGAGCAGAGCACCACCAGACUUUAAACUUUGGCUGUCUCUUAGGUCUGUCUCUGCACUUGAAUCGAUGAAAUUUAUUGACAAUGACAAAGUGAAACAGGCAAAGUGUAAAGUAGUGUCUGUAAAGGGGCAAAGAAGAGAUGACGUUGAAUCCACAAGACCACAAUGUUACAUUAAAAAAGCUGGUUUUAGGAGAUUGUAUCAUUUACACUUUCACACUACAUUAUUGAAAUAGACUGUUAGAAUGAGACUCUUAUUUGAUCGUUCAAAAUCAAAAUACCAAUCUUUUGAUCAUUUUCUUUGUCAAUGAAGUACUAUAGUUGGUAUAAUUGAUGGACAUCGGAACAGGUCCAUAAAAUAAAGCCUAAAGAUUUAGAGCACCUUCUCCAUGUUAACAGAUGGGACAUGGGCCAGACUUUAAAAUGAAAUACAUUCAGGACAUUUCCAGGAAUGGUUCUGUGGUUAUAGUCAUUAUUAUGUGUUUGAUUUAUUCACAAAUAUCCUUUUUUUCCCCCUGAGAAUUGUAGUUUCAGAAGGUCAUUUGAUGAAAUGAAAUGGGGGAUAUAACCAGGAUUACCAGUACAAUUUACAAAAAUGUCAAUCUUUGCUGUGUAAUCAGUAAGUUAAAUAUGUGGGGCGCCAUGUGUACGCCGUGGAUCUAAGCAGUGAUCUCUUCAAAUUUCCAAGAUGGCCAUGUCUUUUAAAGGGGGUUGUUUGGCUUUGUUUUUGAAGACAGAGAGUUCUGGAUAGUUUUUCUCCAUAUUUUUAAAGAGUUAAAGUAUAGCACGUAAUGAACUGAGUUAUUGCAGGUGUUAGCAUGGAGCCUUAUAGUGACUAAAGGCUUUGACACUUCUCUUAGUUGUACUGUUUCUUGGUAACAGAAUGGGUCUUAUCUGGGCUGAAUCCCCACAGUGUUCACUCAUUUGGAACUACUAAGUACCUCAAAGCUCCUGUGAAGGUGUUUUUUUUUCCUUCUUUAAUCAUAAAACAAACAGAAAUCAAUGUUGAUACCUUUCUUUAAUGUUCAAAAGCAAACCAUGAGUUUAAAGUUUGAUCUUUUUAAUGUCUUAAACUGCAGCAAAGGUGUAAGUGUCAAAAGAAGUGAUCACAAAAAAGAAGUAGCAAAAACAUUCAGCAGUAAAGGUCCUCACUGAAGCUUUAAACUUUUAAAAAGAGUUUUGAAGUGGUUCAAAAGUGUAAUCCUGAUGGCUCUGACCCUCAAAAGCAAAUCAUACCAGUACCAAGAAUUUGUUUACUUCAGCACCAUUGUUUUCAUGUGCAUCCUCUCUGUAAAUAAGUCAGUGAAUGACUGGAAACAGGCUGAUCAAUCCAACAGCCAAUUAAUUGAGCAAAUUAUUGGCAUUUUGAAAUAACCAUAUUGACAUUAACUCUCACAUAUGUCAUCGUAUUUUUUUUUGCAAGUGGUAAAACAAGUAAAUGAUGCCAUCUGAUACUGCUUUUGACACAAAUGUAAGUCAUCUUCAGGAACCUAUAGCAUAAUCCCAUAAAUUCUGGAUUAACUGGGAUUCAUGCAUUGAAUAAUGGAAUUAGACUCAUAAAUGAUCACUACUUCUAACUCAAGGUUUGUCUUUUUAUCAUGGUUUUAUUACCAACUGAAUAAAGAGAGGCCUAUUUUUGAUGAAUAUUACAGACAAAUGUGCCUGCCAGGGUGAGCGAAAAGAUAAAAAGUGGAGGAACUGAAAUGGCAAAUUGAAGCGUAACAGUCAGAUACACUCGUUAAUUUUAGGUGAUCAAUCUAUGCUAUUUUUUUAUUAUUUCAAACUGUCUAUAUAAAAACUCAAUAUCGCAUAAAGCACAGAACUACUUGAGCUUGAUGCUAAUAGGUGAAUGUCAUUACUUUUACAUGUAUUUAUCAUCAAGUAAACUAUUGCACAUCUCAAAUUUCUUACAGAUGAAAGAGUCGGAUAUAGAUGUAAAGGAUUUUCAAGUUUCUUAUAACUUGAAUCAUAUUUUUUUCUGAAAUAAACUAUCAACAGCCUUGCCCAACAUUUCAUUCAAAGCCAUAAAUGUGAAUCUCAGAAUAGCAAAGAAACAAAUGACAGUCUUUUUUAAGGGAACAUCAUCUCGGGAACACAAGCUUCCUAGCUGAACUGUCCGUCUACAAGGUAUAUGAUGAGAUAUUUCACAACCUUUACAGAUUGUUCUUUCUGGGACAAAAAAAAAAAGCGCAAUUUCUGUUAAGGGAAAGUUGAUGGUUUUGAAUAAAAAUAAAAAAAUCAGGUUUUGCAAUGGAGUAUGAGGAAUAUAAAAAUGUUCCAAAUUUGAUUAGCAAAAUUGGACUCUGAAAAACUCUAACUUUAAUAUUUUUGUUGUCAAGGAUACACAAGAAUUAAUUUGCAAAUCAAAUUUGGGAUUUUUACUUGACAAGAUCUGAGCCUUCUGAACUUGCAUUUUUGAAGGAAGUUAUUUAAAACAUGAAGGUUACAGUGAACAGCAAAUGACUUUACUGCUAUUAAUUACUCCAAUAUUAUUAGGAUAUAAUAAAACAUAAAUCCACACUCACUCACCCGUAGCUGAGCACAUGUUCUCUAGACUGUAGCUUUGUGUACUCUUAGGUUGUUAGGUCACAUCUGGGUCAACAUGUUGUUCAAAGGUCGCAGCACCCCAAGGCAGCUGCAGAAGCCGUUGAACGCAGUGUAAGCAGCCAGAAAAGCAAUGCUGGAGUUCACUAAAUUACUGUCAAGCCCACUUUUCUGUUCUCCUCUUUGUGCUUUUAUUUUCCCGAAGUGUGAGGUUAUUGCUAAUGAGGAAGUCAGAGAUAAUGACUUGGUAGUGGAGUUGACCUCUGAGUAGAGGACAGGAAUGAAUACAUUGGAGAUGGGAACACUUCUCAGCACCUAUUGAACCACAGCAUUGGGGGAGGGCGGCAGACAUAAAUCAAAUGCCAAAGUAAUAUUUAUUCACCUCCUGAACUAUUUACUAACUGACAAUAAAGACUGAAUUUAUGUGGCAGUUACGAGUGUUUCCGGGCUGCAAACUGGGGCGCAAUAAAACCCAGUGAUAAAACAAUAUGGAAGCUGUAGACCUGACCAUCAAUCACUGGUAAGUGUGAUCAGUAAGUUCAUUAAGCUAAAUGGAAAAAAUUCCUCUUUAUAUUACACAAGACAUACUGCCUCAAUGCCUCUCUCUUAUCGUACAUUGCUUCAAGCGACCAGAGAAGAUCUGUACUUUAUAAUGUCACUGUGUUAGAUGUCAGUACAAAACCUGGGCAAAGUUCUGGCUCUAAUUCUAAUCCUGAGAACUUUAGGAGACCUGGACUGAACCUGGAGUCAUGCUCUGUCAUCUUUUGGACAAUGUUUGAGGACAGGGCCACCCUGCAGCUCUGUCAAAGACACACCCACCUAGAGGCAAGAGGGUCAAAACUAUAAAAUGCAAUAUAAAACUGCAAGUCCGUCUUACUCUGCAGUUAGAAUCUAAGUGUGAUAGGUGAAGAAGGGGAAAGUGAGGGAGAAAAGAUGCCCAGGGUUCAUCUCCAGGACUUUGGAGAAGGUGAUGUCAGGGUGGGAUCUCUUACAGACAAGGGGGAGGACCUGAGUGGGGGAGAGGGAGUGUUGAAAGAGACAGGAAGAGAAUCGACAACGAGAGAAGAAAAAGUUAGGAGGAUUGAAGGCAGAGAAGGGUGGGAGAAGGAGAGAGAGUGAGUGAGUUUUGGGACUUUGGAGAAGCGUGCGUGAGAGAAGAGAGAGGGAAAGAGAGAGACUGAGAGAGAAGAGAAAGAGGGGAGGGGAAAAGUUCGACACGGACAAUCCCGCAGAAAGUUUUUUCUUCUUCUCUUUCUUCGUGGAAGACGCUUCAAGAAAAAAGGAAGACAAUAACUCACGCUGGAUUAUUUCAGAUUUCCAUCGCAGCACGGGAUUUUCUAUCUGCUCCCUGGAUACGUUUACGCAUCUUUAUCGGAUUAAUGUGGACCCGAAUUUGUGGAUUUAUCACUGGUUGAAGGUAUGUUUUUAAAAUGAUGGCUUUUAGGAUGCCUGAAGCGUCAAACUACGGUUUUGAAAAGUUUUGUUCUGCCUCAGCAUGGUUUCAGUCAAGGCAGAAAUACUGCACAGAAGUUUGGAAAGUUUCUGCAGUGAAACUCUGAGAAAGUGUUGUAGUUGGUGAGUCUUACAGGCAGCUGUUUUGUAAAUCUUGUGGGAUUAUCAUUGGUGUAUUUUACGGCCUUUAGAGUCAUUUUACGCAAAAACAUGGUAAAUAAGUGCAAAAUCUCUUGCAAUGUAUCUGCAUUGAUCUCCACACAGCAGCUAUCACAAAUAAGUGUUUUUACAUCUUUGUGUAGAAUUUUCUUACACCAACAAAACCGCAACUAGUUUGAAUGAAGAGAUGAGGCAGAUUUUCCCUGCAUAUUGAAGUCAGGUCUUAAUACAACACCCAAGUGGAUGACUUAAUACUGUAAAUCUUCAUGGCCUGAGUCCAACCCCCUGUGGCAUGGAAAAGACACCAAGCAGAGCAGCACUGUGUUGGGAUCUGCUACAUGCAUAUCAUUAAAACUAAGUAAUGUCUGUGCAUAGCUCACAACUGAUCUGAGAUUGAACUUUUUUUUCCCUUUACCUUGGAAGAAAGGAAAAGUGCUGCAGGGAAAGCUUUUACGCGACAACAGCCACAUCUGUUUUUCUCAUGACUAAACCAUCCCAUGUUUUCAGGCUUUUUGCAUCCUGCCUCUACACCCCACAAAGAAGCCCUUGGGAGUUCUGGAAAGUUUUUCUGCAAAUCCCCUCUCUUCUAAAUGUGGAAAAACUCAAUGCUGCAUGUGUUUAAUUUUCCAGAGUGCUGCCUCUUUAGAGAUAGCAAGAUUUAUUUGUCUGAUCUGGCUCCUUAUUGUUGCCUCCUCACCUUCAGAUAUCUGUCCUUGAAGCAGUACAUUUUUAAAAAAUCAUGGACUUAAAAAAGGUUGUAGUCUGCAGUUUCUCCAGGGACUCUCUUCCCCUGCAGUUACAGGUUCUCCUCCAUCUUCAGUGCCCGGGGAAUUAAACCUUGUAAACGGUACAAAUGGCCGACCUUGAAUUUAACCACACAUUAGGUGUUGCUCCGUUAACCUGUUGCUGGCUGCACAUGCAGUGUUAAGCUACUUACUGCUUAGCACUUGAAGCCUGUAUUAUGGGCCUGCCUGCAGCUAAUUGCACCAUCAGCUUGCUUGUUCUGGUCAGUCAGCACAUUCAUCAGAAAUGCAAAGAUGGAGAAAAGCAGCAAGUCAGCUGCUUGUUGAGGGCGGACCAAACCAAUCGUGAAGGUGUCACUAAAUGUCUUUGCUUUUAUGAGGCGAUGAAACUCACUGGCAGCCCACAGUGGGGUUGGUUGUCUGUAUUUAACACUCCCUGCUUUUGUUUGCGAUCUGCAACUGCACUGGCCUGUCUUUCAUUCACAAGUAUUCAAGUACAGGCCCUGAACACUGCCCAGAAUGUAAGACUAGUAAAAACUUGCCUCAGUGUCUUGGGCGCCUUACAGUAUUGGGCUGCCUUUGCUAGUUUGCAAGCUUGCAUCGCCUCUGAUUCCUGGAUAUCUAGAGUAUCCAUCAAGGCCUAAGGACUUCUUUAAUGACUUUGAUUCACUGCUACUUUCCCGCUGCAACAGGCUUGUAAUGCGCUCUAAUGCUUGGCCUGAAGUUACAGGAGCUAAUGUAUGCAUACCGCUAUAGACAUUUAACAUUAAAACAGAAAAACUACUCUCAUAUCUUGAAAAAGAUCUCUGGAAGUAAAAUGUUUCAUCAUUAUGAGUGAAGUCAGUGACCACCUUUUAGUGAGUGAUUUGUUACGCUAGCUAGCUCUGUAAUUAGCCAAGUCCUACAGUCAGCCAGUUGUGUCCAGACGGAGAUGCCACAAGUUCUUUUUCAUCAGUUGCUUAUUUGCUUCAUAAAUAUUCCCGGUCCCCAUGAUGAGUCUUUGUAAAAGUACUCACCAUGUCCAGACCUGAGUCUAACACAAUCUAGAGUUUUAUAGAAAAACUCUAUCGGAUGGUUUUCCAUGCAGUUAUCAACAGACAUUUGUAUUCCUCCCAGUCGCCUUUGUCGUUGCAAACUUUUGAGAUGCUUUGACUUUCACUCCAGAUUAUUUAGAUCCAUCUCGAUUUUGAAAUGAUGGACUUUACAUAAAAAAGUUCCUAAAGUUAGUUUUCAGCCUGAACUUAUGACUUAAAACAUCCAAAACUCGGACUGGACUUUGCAUUAAGUUGAAAAAUUAGCAUCCUGAUCUGUUAGCCUAGCAUACGAGUGUUAGCAUUUAGCUCAAAGCCCUGACCAGACAGGGCAGAUACAGACUCUGUAGUGUAUGCAAAAUGCUGACUCGAGUCUUGGUUUUCAGGACAUGACCUAACUUUUAUUCAAGCGCUGAUGACUCAGACUUGGACUGGGACUCUAGUAGUGACUGUAAUUGGACUCAGAAGAUGAAGGGGAAGACUCAGUCUUAGUCACUGACUGGGAAAGACUAGUUAACUGUUUUUGUUAGCUUUCAAAUACACAUGUGUUUGUCUGCAUGGACAUCCACGUGUUGUCUGCUCUUACGCCGCAAUUAUUUGCUUUCAAACCACAAAAUUCAUCCAAGACCAUUGCAACAUGUGAGACAUAUAAAAGAACUAUCAAGGAAAAGACCAGGAUGCAUUCAGAGAAGUCAGAGGGAUUAGGAGGACAGGGACUUGGGGUUUGCUACUCAACCACCGCAUUGCAAAUUACAUGUUUGUGAAUUCAUGCCUAACAUGCACUAUAGAAAACAGAAUGCCAACUUCCCACAAACAAGAAGAGCUUCUUUGGUUGGUUCAUGGUGUUUCUGAUUUAUUAACAAGAAUAAGAUCAAGAAUAUGCUGCACAAUAUACAGCACAAAAGAUUUGCAGCUAGUUUUCUUGUCUAGUAUAGGAUCAUUUGAAGUGCAGACAGGCUGAUAACAAGCUCCGGGCUGUGCUCAGAUGUUGGAACGGGGACACAUGAACUCUGGCAGACCACAAAAUUUACAUUGUGCUGUUACAUGAGCUCUGGCAGACAUGGGGAAACCCUGCCAAGAGCACGUGUUGGCUUCAAAUACUGCCUCUUAAAUCUACAACCAUAAAUAUGUUCAGCGUUAUCUUAAUGUACAUUUGAUGUCACUGAAUGGAAUCAUGCAUGUGCAUCUACUUUUUUAUUACAGCAUAAAGGCUGUCUGUUACUUGGCUGUAUACCAGUCAAUUUAUUUGGUGAACUUUCCCACAAACUUUUUACUCAGGAGGGUUUUCCAGGAGGAGACAGAGGUCACAACCUCUCAAACUGAUCAGUAGAUGGUUUUCACAGCAUUGCACUCAAAGCAGCCCUUACUGUAUGUGUUUGUAUGAGUGAAACAGAGCUGGAUAGAUUCGAAGCUGGUACCCUGUAAGCGAGCUGUCCAUCACUCUUCUUGUUUAAGAAUGCAGGAGGAGACAGCUGGAGAGGCAGUGAACCCUCGAAUAUUACAGGACUGGAGCAUUUAUGCUGGGUUUUCCCAUUUAAACAGAUGCAAAGCAGUCUAAACAGCGGGCUUCUGGUUCACUGUUAUUUAAUCAUCCGUGGCUUGGUAGCUAAUAAGCAAUUCUCUUGUCAAGCCAUAGAGAGGACAUGUUUCAUUUAACUCUGUAAGAGUGUGUUCCUCUAAACAGGCUGCUGUUAAGGCUGUUGUUCCAUCUGUAAGCGGCAGCAAUGAUGAUGAAAUGUGUGACAACAAAAAUCGCUAAGCGCUCAGCACAAAUUACCUACGACCAUUGUCAUACAGAUCAGCCUCAGUGCAUCUUUUGUCUGGGUAUCCGAGCCAUAAAAUGCCUGGAACUGAUAGCUUUAGCGGAAUUAGAAAUUGGGCAGUAGUUCAUGACCUAGAACUAGAAUGACUCCCAGGACUGUUAAGUGAGUCUAUCUUCCAGGGAGACACAUUUUUGUUGUCAGAAAUAGGAAUGAAAGUUGUGUUGUGAUUGUCCACUACUAUCUGGCGGUUGUGCUCAAGCCUGUAAGCGCUGGAAGAUUUUCAAGAUCUGUCACUGUUUUCCUUCCUGUAUUGGCCUCGUACUCAGUGACCCGAUCGCUCGCAGGUCCGCUCACCGGGCUCAUGGCCAAACCAGCGGCCAUGCCCAGUGUCCUAACCCUGCGCUGGCUUUAUCUGCCAUGGCCAGAUGGGUGGCCGUGGAGCUGCAGAUGGAGUACAAAAAGAGAAGAGGAGAAAGAGUCGUCCAUGGCAGAGCAUAUUAGGAAGCUUUUUAAACUGUUUUGGAUUAUAGCCAAACAAUAAUAGCAAUGAGCUGUAACUUUUCCUCCAGCCUGUGUUCUCUGGGCUGUGAUGCAUUAUGUAUUAUGUACUGUGUGAACUUUCUUAUUAUUGUGAUCAUGUGGCAUGAAGCCUGUAAUAACUGUUGCAGCUUUAGAGUGCUCAAAGUUAGCUGUCUCCGGUUUUGAUUAACCUUCCACCCAACCAUCUACGAGGGGAACUAUUACUCUGAAAGCUUAUUUCUUGCUUUUUUCGCUCGCAGCUUCUGUCUGUGCUGUCAAAAGUUGUGCACACAGACAACAUGGACAGUCGCUUGAUCUCGGUAACCCCGCUAACCCGGCCUUUAAAAUCGUGAGGGAAAAAAAAAGCGAAACAUAUGAAUAAUUCACAACGUGGGGCAGAUCAAGCUGUCCUUUUUCUUGCAGAACAUAAUUCGUAACAUUGCCCUCCGCCGCAUUGUCUGUUAGCAACACACUACAUGAGCAGUCAGGUCGAGCUAGAUGCUAUUCACACCGUGUCCUCAAACCAAGCAGGAGGCGCCACAUUGUGUACCCCCAGGGGAGUGUGGGGGUCAUUUCUCGGGGCAGACGGGACAGGUGUGCGAAGAGAGACACAGUCUGCUCGCCUGUCUGCCCGCCUUUAGGGCCCUGCUGUACCUGUAAACAGUGCAGAGUUAUGGGGUCCUCACACAUGCUGGGGGCGAGUCCAGGUCAGCAGGGAUGUGUUUAUGCGAGUCUGUGUGGGCGUUUUCGAUGUGUGUUUAUGAUAAAGAUGUUGCAGAGUUGGACUCCCAUUUUUACGUGUGCCUGAAUGCGUGUGUGUGCGCUUGUUAUUGGGCCACGUGGAAGCAUCUGGUGCAACACAACCCCGGCUCCAGUAGAAUAGUCUCCAGAUGUGUUUGUGUGUUUUGGCCCCACUGUCUGUUUGACUGAAAACCAAGCUGCCUGCAUGCAAAUCAUCCUACUUUCAUGUGUGUGUAUCCCUCUAUUGUGUCGCAAACACAGUCUUUAUCUUUUGUGUUUUCCUCAACUUUCAGACUGUUUUCUACUGCGGUCAAAUGUGGCUGCCAGUCCACUUUCUCAGACUUAUCCCAAUGCAUGCUUGUGUGAGUGUGUGUUAAAGCAGCUGCCCAGUCAGAGGCCAACCAGAUGGACAGGAUAAUGACCAUGAUCAGACUUUAUAGAGUUACGCUCCUUAAUGAGGGACAUUCUGCUUAAUUCAUAUGCCACUAACAAAGCCAGCGUCAUACCACAUAAUUAACACAUCAACUGUGACUGACUCAUAAAUAUACAUCAAUGUCUAUUUAGGAGUCAAGCAUAAUGCGCAGCUGUCCCCAGCAUAGGCAGACUGGGUGGCAUGCCGACAGAAUGUGGGAAGGGUUUGACUUUUUGACUUUCUUUUUUUUCUCUUUGUUCGUCCAUCAGCUGGUGGGCAGAGGCCAGGUGAGGUGAGGAGGAGAGGUGAGGUGUUUUACAGAGGAGCGAAACCAUGUGGCUCCUCUGCUCUUGUCUGACGCUGUUGGCCAUCAGCUUCGGAUCAUGUGACACGCUGACAUCAGAGCAAGGUGAGUCUGCUUCCUGUUUGACCUCUAAAAAACCGAUGUUAUUUCCAGAACAAAACUGUGCUUUACUUUUGAACCACAUCAUUUCCUAUCUUCUCAGGACAGGACAAAAAGACAGUAAUCAUCUUAUAUCUGAAUUUCAAAGAUCCUUCAAGGAACUUUUGGCACCCCCUUGUGAACAAACCAAUCUUUGCUUGUGUCUUCGAAAAUCUUGAGUAGUUUUUAUUGUGAAAACUUUGAAUGGAAAUUGUAAAACCAGGACUGUUCCUUCAGCUGCUUGGCUGACACCUACCCCCUUACACCAUUUUCAUAAAAAAAAAAAAAAAAAAAUUAUGAAUCUUGUUAAUGUGUUUGGUAUUAUGAAUUGUCUAAGCUAUGAUGCAGCUAGCUGCCUUUAGUUUGGGCUGUAGCUCAGGUUAAUGACUACUGCCAUAAUACUGUCACACCUGGAUGUAAACCAACAAGAAUGGCAGCUGGAAUCAUGAAGCAGUAUUUGAUCUAGUAAAAUGGAGAUACAGCUAUGUAUACAGGUUUGUGUAUGGUUAAAUGGGCGUAUAAAAACUUAAUGAGAGAAAUUCAGGUGUUUGCCUCCAAAGAGGACUUAACAACACAGAUUCCUUUGUAUGUCUCUUUUUUUUUUGCACAACUCAUUAAAAUGCACAGGAAGUUGUUACUUUAGUUUCUUUGAGAUGCUGGUAUGCAGAUUCAAGGGCAAACUGGUCCUCUCUUAGUUGAAACAAACUCUGUAUUUAUUUCACCCCAGAGCAGCUUCCCUCGGAUUAAAACUCAUACUCUGGUCUCCCUCUGCAUUGAGUCACGGCCCAAAGCUGGUGCAGACUUCUUGACACCCCCAUAAGUUAAGUCUUGCUCACUUCAGCUGGGAGUGUUCCACCACAUACUGUAGAUUUAGUGUGAUACGGAUAUUUUUGUCCUCAGGCACGACAAAGUAUGUCUUAAAAAAUGUCAAAUUAUAGCUAUGCAAAGUGCAAUUUACGAUCAAAAUUUGAUUAAAGAGACAUCAUAAAAGUAGAAGUUUAAGUUCGCAACUGGAUUUUUGGUGUGCAAAACCAAUACAGAUCGUCAGUGUCUCGAGUCAAUCACAACAACACCCGCAGCAUGGGCUGUUAUUUGCUGUGGCCACUGUGCUCACUUGAAAAAGUGUCACCAAACGAAAGCAAAUACUGCACACAGGGCAAUUUUAAUGAGACUUAAAGGUCACUUAUGGAAGGAAGUGGAAGUAUCAUGGGAUGGCUUGCUUUAAUGUUGUGACAGUAAACAGUGUUGAGGUUGUGAGUGCUGCCAGCACAGAAAAAAGACGUUAGUGGGCAUGGGUCCAUAAAUAAAUUAAUGGCAUUAUCUUGUUUUGAAAGCCAGUGUUCUGCUUUAUCAAACUACUUUUAAUAAUGCAUUUAAUUCAUUGAUCUUAACCUAGUUAUCAGAAUCAUGCCCCACAGAAAUAAAAAGGUAGAAGCUUCCCAGAGCACAGAAUGAAGAAAAAUGACUGACAUUUCUAAAAGUCCACAUGACAAGAAAUGAACUACAUAAAUAUUUUGACUGCUUAUUUUAAACAAAAAUAGUGACUGCAUUUUUUCCCUUAUAGGACAGACUUGUCCCUGCUGACAUUAAAAAGUGAAAAAGACACUGAAGUUAAAAACAAGGAUGAGAAACUGCACGUUUUUUGGAGUUGUAUGCCGACCACCUCCUCAGCCCAUCAGAGUUUGAUGGACCUGCCUAUGUCUCUGUCUUUGUGUGUGUGUGUGUGUGUGUGUGCGUGUGCGUGAGUGAGAGAGACUUGAGUGCACAAUGGAGCCUGAGGCCACAAUGAAAGUGGACUUGAAAUUACAGCUUCUGUCUGUUUGAUGUUGGUUGCUGUGGGUGGCAGGCUGGUUAGGCUGUGGCAAGGAGACGCGUGUGUUUAUCAUUUGAGGUUUUGUUCCUCCAUCGGAGCCAUCAAUCAUCCUGUGCUUUUACAUGUUUAUAUAGGAGAAACAUGCCUUUUUCUGCUUGAUUAUAUACGGCAUUGCAGGCUUUUUUCAAAUGCUAUGGCAUACUGAAACCCAGGUGUUUGAAUGUAUGUGUGUGUGACGGAGACAAAACCAGCAAACCAAGAAAUCAAGAGGUAGACAGGUGAAGAGAAAUGUCUUUUAUUUUCCCGUUUUAUUUAUUUAUUUCAUUCUCAACUGUCAUACUUUCUCAUCACACUGUCGGCGCGUUCUCAGGGGCCUGCUCUGUAAUAUCACUUGGGGGGAGAGCAAUCCUCUAUAGCUCCCAGAGCUCUGAAGGGAGCUUUGUGGAUGUGGUGGUCCCUCUUGGGAGACCCUUGUCAGAGAUUUUCAGAUGAGACUGAGUCAGCCUGCAGCUCCCUCGAGUCCUUCCCCCAGCGGUUGGAGGAAAGUGCUUUCUCAAGUGCAGCUAUAACAUUUUGUCGCACCCCACACACACACACACACACACACACACACACGCACAAUUCCUCUGACUCAUCCAAAUCUCCAUUCACUGGUAAUUUGCUGACAUUACAGGAGGAACAUAUUAAGUAAAACUAGUGUUGAGGAGCUGAGCUGGAUGAUUGCGCUGCAGUUUUGCGGUGUAUAACCAAGAGACUAGUCCCCAUAACUGAAUUUAAUUGCUCAAAUUUCCUGCCUUUGGUAGUGCUGCUGAUCUGAGUCUCUGUACACCUUGUACCCUAUACAGUCUGAAGUAAGAGUUUUAUAUAUUGAUUAGUUUUGACUCAGUUUUCCCCUGUCUGUGUUUGAGCUUAAUUGAAAGUUAGCCAGUGCAAUGCAGUAAAAGCCAGUUCGUACUGAAACGAAAAUCAGAGGCGACAAGAAGCUCACAGCGAAAGCAGAAUUCAGUCCCAGGCUACAAGAAUAAUAAAGUUUUUCUGUAGGUACAACAUAAGAGAAAACUUUGCACUUUUCUGUGGUUAAGAGAAUGAUUGGAAAGUUAGAUCCUUUACCCUAUUGCAAAAUAAAAGACAUGUAAAAAUUGUCGCCUUAGGGGUUGACCAAUAUUGUUUUUUGCAAGGACCACAAAGAUUACGGUUACUGGUGGUUAACCGAACUGAAAAAUGAAAAUUUUGCAUCCCUUUAUUAAAUGUUUGAUCCAAACAGAAACUUUCAAAACUAUACAGGAAGUUAGAGUUAGGAGUACCUUCAUGUCAUACCAAAAUUUACCACAGAUUUUAAGUGAUUAGUCUGGCCAAUCAGUGUUGUGGGCAGGGUAACUGAAAACUCUAACCCCCAAUUUCCACCGCAUCCGGAACAGCUCUGCUGUGGAAUGGCGGCUCCAAUGGCAGCUGAUCGUUUCCAUUCAAGUUACUGUGUCAAUUUCCACUGGCUUCUUACCGUUCCGCUGCGGUUCAGCGGGCUCCGCAGCCGAUCGCCGGGGUUCUAUUUUUUCCGGUUGCCGCAUAAAUUCGGUACAGACACAAACCUAAACAUCUGGCUUCUUUUCAAAAUAAAACACUACAUGUUUCAGGUGGAUCAUAUUUCACACUGUGUAAAUGUGAGCGGGGGUGAACAAGACAAAGGAUUUCAGACAUAAUUUCAUCCUGUUGACACCAUGGAUGAGGUUAUGUGGCUGUCUUUAUGGAAACAACUCGUUAUCGCGCAAUUGCAUGUGAAUCUGUGGGUUCUUGUAAGUUCUUGCAAUUCCCGCUGUCCAAAAUCUGCCACGAAAUAUGCCUUAACAAAUGCAACCGGUAGAAAUUGCUGCUGAAAAUUGCUGCCUUUCCACAGCAGAGCUGUUCUGGAUGCAGAGGAAAUUGGGGGUGAGCCAAUUGGAUAAGUAAAAUAAAUAAAUGUGUCAGUCAUGCAGGCUAAUAAUUAGUCAAUUAGUUGAUAUACUUGUGGGUUUUCUUAGGUAUUUUCUAAGAAGACACUGCAUGCUGGUCAUACUAUAAGUUCAUUCUCAAUGUGAGUGAUUCUGGCUUUUUUCACUUUUUCAGAAGUCUGGAAUAAAUUUUUGGUAUGGAAAAAAAAGAAAGGAAAAGAAAAUAGCUACUGAUAGGUCAUCAAAGAAGAAAGCUACUAUCCUUUCUUGCUUGUCGAGUCUCAAGUUGCAGAGUGUGGGACUGCUUGAUUUAGAUGUUAGCUGAUUGAUGGUCUCAGUGGGUGGCAAAUUUAAUGUCCUACUGUAAAACCACAUGGCGAGAUUAGAGGGUAAACCUGGCCACACACUAGACAACUUAUAGGUCUUAACUGAUUUUUUAAACCUUGAGAGACCACAGAUAAAAUGGUGGUUCUGACUGACCAUGUUGGAGGUUUAUAAUCCCAGGUUGGUGACAGUAAAAUAGUUGUUUUGACAACACAUACUUGGGGAUAACUUAAUCAAGCCCAGACUCAGGCCUGACCUCCCAAUCAUUGGCCCUAAAUCUGAUCUUAAAUUGAGUAGUGAGCAGCAAGCUUCAGACUUUGUCCAGCUAGUUUAUUGAAGGAUAAGCUGGAUUUACUGAACUGUCUUCACGGUGUAUCCUCGGUUCAUGGUUUCUGUUUGGCAAAUAGAUAAGUUAAAAAAGAGCAAGCAGGCAAAAAGCUUAACUUGAGCUGGACUUUCUGCACAUAAACUGUGAACGGCACGGUGAGCUGGCAGGCACUGAUGGAAAGAGCCGGCUUCUUGUAGGAGAUGGUGAGUGCCCGCUGAUUGCAGACAGGUGUGCUGAUUGGAGAUCCAGAGCAGGUGUGCAGAGACAGGGUGGGCGGGGGAGGGGAAGACCAAACUACACCAAGCACUCCACACUCACAGUAAAGCUGUUUUUUUGAUCAUCACUGCCAUUAAGUAAUCUGUGUCUAUCUUCAACAACCCCAGAUACUUUCUUGGUAUCUUGGUUUCUUGGUUAUUACACAAAGCUUGCUAUCAACUUGAUCAAUCAACCCAGGGUUUUAAGACACAUAUUUCAGACAUGAACAAGCCUUUCGUCAGUUUUCGUCAUAUCAAACAGACUCAGAGCAGAGCUACGAUGAGAAAUAUGUCAAAUUAAAUAAACAUUCUACACGAAAAUAAACUCAGCUGCGUUUGUAAAAUGAGGAGAAAACUGAAAAGGAGAGAGGAAAUUGGCUGGGAGUGAAAGCACAAAUUACAGUUAAUAUCUUUUCCCGACAUUACUGCAAAACACAUCUAAAUAAAACAUCCCCUGUUUGUUCCUGUGGAGUAACUCUGCACAGAUGUAUUUGUGUGGCGUGUGUGAUAGUGUUAGACAUAACAUUUUAGCUGUAGACCCGAUUUGGCCAAAGUGAGCCAUUUGGAGAUAAUAAAACUGAAAAUCUCUUAAAAAGCAAUAAGAGCACGUACUUAAAUUUAAAUCUUAUAUGUUUAACAACUACAAGUCUGCAGAGCUUUCCCAGUCUCUGUUGUGGGAUGAGAUUAUAAAGCACAGCAUCUUUUAUCACCGUAGGCUAAUUAUGUUUAAUAUAUUAGGGGUAAAAUCAACCUAAUGUUUAAGACACAUGUUGUCCUUUUUUUCUCAAAGUAAUCCAUAUUAAUUCUGAGUUUACCUUGAGGCCCAAUCCCCUACUUCAAAGCACACAUCCUGAGGCAAAAUCCAACGAUCAUACAAAGAUGUCAAAGAGCGCCGAAGAACUUGACCAUACAACCAUCACAUCUUCAACCUUUUACAUGAAAUACGGUAUUUCAUUAUAGUGAUAAAUCUUGUUGAUUGUAACCCUCUCACAUCGAGCUAUCAUCAAAGAGGUAUUCUGCUUUGACCACUCUAGUCUGAUUGAUCUGCAUUUUCUUCAAUGCAACCAGUCCCAUAACACCACCAAAACCCAUCGCAGGUGUGUUUGCGGUUGCCUCUUGUCUGUUUUCUUCAAUAUUGGUUUAAGUCUCAUGCUAAUUUUUGCACUGUUUUACCAAGGGCGACCAUAUAUCCUCUUUUACUCAGACAUGUCCUCUUUUGGGGGGCUGUCUGGCCUUGUCUGGAGGAGUUUUUAAAUCUUCAAAUGUCCAGGGUUUUGUAAGUAAGCGUUUGUGUAGCAUGGACUGAGUUGGAAGCACAUAAAAAAACACUUGACCCGACCCAAAACCCCCUCAAAGUUGGCUCCGCCAUUUGGUAGUUUCCUCUUUUGGGGGAUUCAGAAUAUGGUCACCCUAUUUUACCACUUCAUGUCUUUGUUUUUCAGCCGAUUACUCGGCCAUUAACCACCAAUCUAAAGUGUUGAGAGUCGUAUUAAUAACAACCAGCAUGUCGUCUUUGUGCUGCUGGGGAUACAAAUAAAGUGAAAUCAUAAUCAGUACGCUAAAUGUGCCGUGACUCCUUUUCGCAGAUUAAUACGUGUUGUGUGUAAUCAGGUUGUUUUCCUGGCAUCAUGAAGAAGUUUUGACCAAUUGGAAUUAAGUAUCAGCCAGGUGAUCAUUAAGACAACCUGGUAAUCAUGAGCUUACUGUUAUUCCCUACUUAGUGUUAUCAAAACCAAGAGUAAGACAUGUUAAUAGUAGUUUGCAAGAUAAUUUAAAAGACCCUAACUCGUAAAAUUUAAUAAGACGUCUUUAUUUCAUUCACUCUUGCUGUGUCUGAACAUCACUGGCAAAAAAUGAACUCUGCUUAAACACUUAGACAUGUAAGUGCUUCAGGGUUCAAGUUGCUUCAUGAAUGAACCUGUCCUGUGAUGUCUCUGCUCUCUGCUGAGAAAAUGUUCGUAAGGCACUCUGCAUGCCCUGCUUUAAAAAGACAUAAUGAGCACACAAUUACUGUGAAACACCAUUACAGAGUGGAGUAGUAAUGACUCACAUUCAUGCGAUACAGAAAAAAAUAUGUCCAGUACACAACAAACACAACAUAGAAGAGCCACACUUGUGAAGUUCACAGACUUCUAGGAUGCUCUGUCUUGCUUUAUGGCUGUGAAAAGCUUGUAAAUUUAUGUCAUGAGUCCAGUAUAUGUGUGUGUGUGAGCUUGUGAAAUUGUGUUGAAUGUGGGCCAGAGGCCUACAAGGGAAAAAUGAGUGAGCUCAUCUCUCUGAAGUGCAGCGUUUUAAGUCUUUCCACUGCUGUGUACUGCAAUUUUAUCUCUGGAAAACAACCAGGAAUGUUCUCUCUUUCGUCUCUCUUAUUUGGCCGAGAGGGUAAGUAAGAGAGACUCUCUCUGUCUCAGUGCCUCCUCCUUUUUCAUCUUACUCUCAUGCCUCCCCUCAUUUUAGCCAAAAAUUGACUACAGUGACUCAUGAUACUGAGUCAUCUACUAUGAGACCCAGAAUCCCCCACAUCUUCCCAUAUGCUCUCAGUUUAACAGCUCUGGGGCCUCGACAACUCCUCCUCUGACUCUGACUUUCUGCUGAUCAGCAACGCGGUCCAAUUAUCUUGGGAUGCCACAUUAUAAAGCACACUCAAUACCCACCAUACCCUCUCCUCUAACAACCCACACACCACAUAGUCUCACUGUGAGCACACCUCUGACCUCAUCUUCUUAAUGAAAGGACUUCACCAAGUUUAUACUGUGUGCUAAAAAAAAAAAAAAACAGACUAAAACUUCAGAGGCUGUGGGUUUUGGGAUCCAAGGGCACACAAAGGCACUGACACAUUGCUUAUUUGAAGAGGGAUAUUGAAGUGGUUGGAAUAAAAUUGCUGGAGUACACCCAUGAUUUUUUUGUCAUCAUAAAUGACUUAGUGGUAGAUCUGUGUCUCGUCUUUGACCUUUGAAGAGGUUAUACUUGAGUUUUCUAACCUACAAGAUCAGUUAAUGUAACUCCAUUUAUUUGUACACAACCUUCAAAGUAGUAUUUUCCCUCUGGGAAGGCCUAAAAUGUCAUGAUUCUUUAUCCUUGGCAAGGUGGAGACUUAUGGGGAACACUCACAGCAGUGUGCUGCGGGGCUGCCAGUGUAGUAUCAUUACCUGCUUUGGCAAGACUUAAACACAACUCAUCAAAGAGGAAGUGAACCCAGCCAAGACCGUCCAAUCUCUUUAAUGCUACACACAGCUAAUAGCAGGAUCCCGGAGUUGCACGCAUACUAUGUGCUAAUUAGCUUGUCAACAAGCAAAUGCCUUUCUUUGAUCACAGCUUGAGAGGGAAAUUGGGUUCAAGUUGUGCAGUGUGUCCACUGCUAAACUGCCAAAGUGCCGGAGAACACAGCAGUCUACUAAAAUAUCCUCCACCCUCGUGGAUCCAGAAACAGAAGGCGUCUUCUGUGAGUUUUAUAUCACAUAUUCAGCAACUUAAUAAAAUGUUGAGUACUAUUUACAGUGCAAAUGCUGAUCUCCAGCUGACAAUCAUACACUGCAAUACUACCAUCAUAAGGAAGUGGAUCACUGCCUAAACGAGCAGUUUUCAUAUAUUGUUUUAAUUUUACUGCAUCUCUCUCUGAACUGUAAAAGCCUUUUUUUCAUAAUCAACAUUAGAUCAAGAGAAACAUGUGUGCCUUCAUGUGAGUAGUCACCUGUUUUCAGUUUUAUGGCCCACAACAGACAGCUACAGCUCAAUCUGGCAAGCAGAAGUCCUUGCUAUAUUAACCCUCUGUAGGCUAACAGGAAAACCCAUCAUGGUAAAUCGAAUUAGAGGCAAACUUAUUAACCCUAGAACACAGCUAAAACAAGAGCAAGGACUGGAUUCAUAUUCAUUUGGCUGCAAGAGACACAAGUUCAGAUUUACUAAAUGUAGGACAGCUGCUCACAUAUUUACUAGAAACCAUCAAAUCCAGAUUCUGUCAUUGUCCGGCAUAUUUAUCUAGUUUAGCACAUAUUUUUAAAGAAAAUCCCAGUGUGCUCUGUUAGCCUUAUGUGUAUUUGAUGUUUGACUGAUAAAAGUUAAGCCGCUCACUGUUUUGAAAUGCAGUCAUUUUUUCAGGGUUUUAGCUCAGUCUUUCCCUUUGCUUGACUAACACACAUCUGAGUGUAAGCAGCUUUAUUGUGAGUGAUUUUCUUCCAUUUAUGUUUUGAGUUGGUAAGAUUUCCUUCAUCUUUAACAACAAGCCUUGUCGCUUUUCAUUUGGCCUUGUGAGUGAAACAAUUCCGCAUCUGGAACGGCUAUGAAAAGGUCGUAUCCGCUGAUCGCAACCAUUCAAGUUAAUGUUGUCAAUUUCCACCAGCUCCUCAACGCCGGACUCUGCAGCUGAUCGCAAGAGUUCUAUUUUUCCGGACACCGGAGCAUGCUAUAAAUUCAGCACAGAUUAACCCGUGCUGGAAAGGAAGUCAGGAAGUCAACUUUCUGUUUCUUUUUAAAAUAAAACACUGUUUCAGGCGGAUCGUGUUUCACACCAUGCAAACAGGCGGAGACAAACAAGUGAAAGGUUUUUAGACAGCAUUUUACCCCGACGACAACAUAGAUGAGCAGAUGCUGAUUUUAGAAGUCUAGAGGUGGAUUUUCUCUGGGAAGACACAAUCUGUUGCGUUUAUGGUUAGCUUCUGUGGCUGUCUUUAAAGAGACAACUCAUUAUCACGCAAUUGCACACGAAUCCGCGGGUUCUUGUGAGUUCCUGCGAUUACCGCUGUCUGUAAUCUGCCAUGAAAUUCGCAUCACCAACGGAUAUGCUAGAAAUUGGUGAACGGCAAAAAUUCGCUGCUGUUCCGGAUUGGAGCUGUUCUGGAUGCAGUGAAAAUUUGGCGUGUGAAUGUGCAUCUUUGUGUGUUUGUGUCGAGAAUCACAAGGAAGCUAGCUGAGCAGAGCGAUGUUAGAGGACCACAUGAUAUGAACCUAGCAUAAACUUAGUAGGGUUGAUCUAAUGUAGUACAUGUAAAUAAUUUUCAAUCAGUGCUCACUCAUUGUUUUCUAGGAGUGGAGCACACGUCUUUAAUGUCAACAACUGCUGUCCAUCAUGAUUUUGAUUUUACAAGAAAAAUCUGUGAUCAAAAUCAAAAUCUGAUUCAUUUUGCUGCCCAAAUACAGAAUGUAAUCUUGACAGAGUGGUUGUAGAGUUCCUUUAAUGACCUUUUGAGGGUGAAAACUGUAUUUUGUGCAUCAAAUAAUCAAAUGAUCAUUGACUUUGUUUAUAAUAGGACAGGAGUCUUGUAUGUCAGUGAGGUUUGAGAUUGUCUUGGAAAGAGGGUGGAAACAACAACCUUAAGGGUGCUAGCCUGUGUGAAAAGGGCAAGCUGCUUUUGGUCUGGAGAUAAUGCUCUCACCUUCAAUUUUUCUUUUUCCACUCUCCCACCUUCUGUGUUUUGUCCUUUGUACCUUAUUCCUCCUCUCUCCACCUUUUCAUCUCAUCUGUUUCCUAACUUCUCAUUGUGCCGCCCGCCCACCUGCCUACAGCCACGAUUACUCCUGACAAAGCCUUCAUCUUGAUUCAGUCUGAUGGAAAUGGGGCACUGAUGAACAACAGCAGAAGAAAAAGUAGAAAAAAUGAAACUGUAAGCCUUGAUAAAAGGUAGAUCUUAGCAUAUCUUGACUUCAAAAAAAUAGAUAAGCUCCUGCUGUACUGUACGUGUGUGAAUAUGCAAGUGUCUUUUUUUUAAAGGCAGCACUUUCUUUGUAAGGCUUUGUGCUGAGUUUGCAGAUAUGGUUUUAGGGUGGACCAUCUAGUUAUAAAUACUCUUUGUAUGACUAUGUAGGAGAAAGAGAAAAGGAGAAUUGUUAGACGGAAGUGUGCAAAAAGGUUUAGAAGACACGUUCCUGAUGUUUCUGGUAUUUCUCCUGCACCUGUUCAGAUGUCACAUUUAAUUCACACAAUUUUUCCCAACUUCUCACCUCCAGUUCCUUCAACCUUCCCACAUAGCCGCUGUUUGACAUCUCUUCCCUGCACCUUGGUUUGUACGUGCAGAUGGUAAUAAGAGAAUGAUAUACGGGGCUCUAACUGGGCUCUGAAAUGGUCUUUGUGCUUUAUUGAAACCAAGAGGUGCCAAAGCUGCAGGGUGUCGAGUGAAGAACUUGAUAAUAGGUGCCAAAGCGCUUAAUUUGAUUUAAUUCUUUCUUGAGCCAACUUGCGUGAAAUUAAAUUUCUUACUCUUGAUUUAAGCCAGUUGGAUUUUAUUGUUUUUGUAAUUAAAUUAGGCGCUUUCCACUCUUUUGAUGUGAUUUUCAACCCUGAUUAGAGAGAAUUGAAGUUGAAAUGUGUGUAACUGUUGGACGGCUCGAUGCAGUGAUGAAAAAGAAGUUAUAACAAUUUCAUCACAAUGAAUUGAGAAAAGCUGCAGACAGAAGUACAUUUAUUUAGUUUAAAGUGCAUUAUUGAAGUCACUGAAGAAGGAGGAGGUUUACUCUUUCAAUUCCCAAAGGGAAAUUUAGCCUUUUACUCUGAACAACCUACGCAUAGAGAGGUCACCCUGAGCACAUGCGCUAAUGGAGAGGUGCCAAAGUGAGGGGAGGGUGACUCCAUUAACUUUAAGUUUCACUGUAGUGUCUUCGGGGACCUCCAAUGCCUGGAGUUAACAUGCAGCUGUCCAGCAUCCAUUCCCAACCUCCAUACUGUAGAUGCAUUUCCAUUAAGCUUUCUGGUUCAGCUGGUAAGAUGCGCUACGCAACUGUUUGCGUUUAAGAAACAGGGGAAGGGGCCAAAAAAAAAAACUGAUCUGCACUACCCAACUUUUCUGGCACUUUGCUUUUGCGGCACCAAGUAUACCUGCAGAAAUCUAACCCUGAAGUGAGGAGAUGGACUCACUGACUGAGAAAGAAGAGUGAGGAGGAGGAGGAGAGAUGAUACUCAUUUGAUCAUAUUAUCUUAACUUGAUGUAAUGUGAUCAGGAAAAAAAAAAAUAUAUAUAUAUAUAUACACAGUAUGUACCACAAUUAAUCAUGACUCCAUUUUAUGUAUGUUUUCAUUUAUAUCUUGAAAUAUUUUCAAGUGUUAAAGCAGUGUUGGGUGCAAGUCUUUCAUGGAAAUGACCAUGUUGAGCAGUGAGACGUGAAUAAAAGUGGAUGCAGAGGAGAGAGAGAUUACACAGGAAAGUUAAGAGUAGGCUGGGAUAGGCUGAAAUAAAGAGUUGUUCAAGUUAUUUUGAAGACACAACUUCAAAAUAAAAGUAUUGUGUGAGACAAGGAGUCUUUCGUAUCUAGGGCUUACAUCCAUUCCGUAUUUUUCACGCUUGUGAAGUGAAUAUAGCCGACAUAACUAAUACAGCCAUUAGCAUACUAGUUUUCUUUUCCAUUUUGGCAAAGGUCCGAGCGCAUCUUAAGAAAAAGAAAAAUUGCCAAGCCUUCUUUUCUUCUGAUUUUUUGGCACAUGAGAUGGACAUGGCACACAUCACUCACAUCAGCAGUAUGAAAGGUCAGAUCUGUUGUGUGGCAAAAUGAAAAUCAAGCUGCUCUAGAGCUUUCAUGUAGCCAACAGGCUUUCUGUCUUGAGUGCACAAAGGUAUAGUUGGCUGAAAACACAAGCAGGGCCAAGGUUCACCUUAUCAAACUGGAUCAAAAUUCAUUUUAGGAUUUGAACCUAUGACCUUCUGACCCCCGAGCAAAGUCCCUGCAGAGUGAACUUUUUCUGUUUCCCUUCAACAUCAAGAGUUUGUUGUCAUGAUAUUUGUGAGAAAGUCAAAUCCUAAGUCAUCAUAUAACAAGACCUGUUGUAAAUUAAAUCCAAGCCUAUUCCAUUGCUCCAUGUACCACAACACCCCCCAGGAAUAUAGCUGCAGAUACUUAAAGAGGGAGUAUUAUGCACCACCUUCACACUCCUCUCAUACAGGUGAUAUUUUUUCAUGUGGUGCAGCGCGAUGAGCAUUAAACUGCGCAUGGAGGAGCAUUAAAUAAGGUUGAAUUAAGUAUCUGACCUUCAGCUUUAACGCAGAGCACACAUUGAUUUAGAGUGUGACUGACAGCACCCCAGCUCAGAGAGAACCAUUACAUUUUAUUUUUCGUUAACACAGGGGCACCACCUUCUUUCAAAAUUUCUGCAGUCGUGGUAAAAAGAAAAAAACUUUUAGAAAAACUGUACCCUGUGGAACGUCUUGCUCGGGGCCUGUUGGUCCUUGGCCCCAAAGAGAUCAAUUAACUCUGGAUCACAGUGAUUCACAGGGUCCACGUCUACCUAGCCUGUUUUUUUCAAUACAUCUCACAUCUCCCCCCUGUAGUCAGGCAGGCCGCGCUGACAGGCAACACUUUUCUCUGUAACCUCCCCUGACAGGGUGAGAACAUAUCCAUCAAACAGAGGCUACCGCGACUGACAAGCUUGGUGCUAGACAGCCUGUCAGACCGGGGCUGUGUUCCUCUCUGCACAGCUUUACCCUCAUUUUUAUCUAGCUCCUUGUGUUUUUUACACUCCCUUUUGACUGUCUUUCACCCCAAACGACUCCCCUCCUUCUUCCUACAGAUCAAUAUCUCUGUUUCUCUCAUAUAUAUUUGUUUGAAGUCGCCCUUCUCUUUAAACUAAACUCUGUCCACAUCACAUUUUAAUAUCUGAGAUACCUUCUCUUAUGGCCAACGCAAUAUUCAUGCAAUUUCACGGCGCUUGAGUUCAAGUUCUUUUUCUUUUAACCUACUCACCUUUCUUUUUGUCUUUUCCAUAACCUUCUGUAUUACGCAUUUGUCUCUACAGAUGUACAAUGUCCCGGCUUACAAGUGGAUGAGUGGAAGUUUCCUCAGACUGCUCAGCACAAUGUAACAGGUAAAAAAAGACUGCAAAAUGGACAGAUUUCCCUUUUCUUCAGUUUUAUGUAUGUGGGUGUUCAUGAGUGUCAUUUCUCAUCAGGUUUUAAUCUGGUGAGGCGAUUCGCGCUGCUCAAGAGUGCAGAUGUCAAGAAGAUACGCAACCCUCGUGGACCAGUCAUCCUCCGCCUGGGUAAAACAGCACUCCUACGCCCAACGGAGUAAGUAUACAGUUCAUGCACCUCACUUGCUCUUUUCCCAGCAACCUAGAGAUGAUAUACAUCGUGCACGAUCACAAUGUGUAGAGCUGUGGGAGGUACAGAUGUAUAACAGGAACUAAAGGGAAUUUUUCAUCUCUCUGUGGGCCCGCGUUGAUGGAUGCUGGCUUUUCACGCCACGUCUCAACAAAGAGUAAAACAGUCUGAACACCCCUACAGCGAGCCAGCCUCUGAGCUCGCGCUCGGCAUGUCGGCAUUGUCCGACGGUUGCAAACACAUGGCAAACUGUGCUCCACGGGUCAAACUCUGAUUGCAUUUCCAGAAGUACCACUUCAUUUCCCUCGCCGCUGACACUGGCUUGUAAAAAGCUUGUAACUACUCUUUGGUUUUCCUGUUUUAACCACAAAUACUUUACGCUAGUCGUUUUCAGUCACAAGUCUUAAUUUCUUUAGCACUAACUAUUACUGUGAUGCUGUAAUAAGCUGACAUGAUGUAGUGACUUGUAAAAAGAUAGAGCAGUUUCUAUGGUAGAAAGUCAACAGCUGCAUUUUAGAGCCUGAGCUUCUUGUAAACGUAAUUUUUGUCAAAGAAACCAGCAGCUAUAAAGCCAAACGGCGCACAGCUUUCUUGCACAACACGAUUUUUGAACUUGACAUAGUGUAAUUAUGCUUUUCAUGUCUAUAUUAUACUGUUAAUGGCUUUGGUGUGUGUUUAGGGUUCGUGACAAGUGCUUAUUAGGGGUUAUGUGCUCCUUCAGUUGUAGCGAAUUUGAGCUGUUUCUCGCAAGUCUUUGCUCCUCUCUACCCACAACAAAGACGUUUUCUCGAACCUGUCAAUUGGGUUAGCUCCGAGUGUUUUAUCAGCAAGUCCAGCGCUGUGAGCUUCACUUGCCUGAAGGCCUGAUAAAUCUGUCUACAAAACACACUUUAAUGGUGGAGACAUUUUUGCUCUCAAAGCGUCUGAUAAAUUGUUUGUCGCUGGCUUUGAGAGAGGUUGUCCUUUAGAAAAAAAGAAAAAAAGCGAAAAACACCAUAAAACUGUCACUCCUCAGGAAAUCAGUAUCUUUGAGCUAAAGAGGAAAAUUCAAGAUGUUUUUGUUUUGCCUCUAACCAUACAGGGGGAGGACAAGGAACACGGAUCUUUGUCUCGUCUGCGAUGCUGCUGGUUUGGGAUUUUGUUGCAGUGCAGCGUUUAUUGAAAUGUGGAUGCUACUGGGAGUUUCGCUGUCAGUUUUAACCGUAGCAACACCACCUUAGUGAUUUCUUUUAAACUGAGACAGACAGUAAUCAAUGUCAGCACAUCAGCUUCGCCUGGGAGAAGUCUUUAUUCCGCGUCUCUUUGUGCCGUGAAACUUAGCGUCGCUUUUCCCAAAGUCACAAAACAGACUCCAAUGAUCGGUUUUCGUUUCUCCUUUGCGUUUUUGUCUCUCUUAAAUGCGCGUAGGGCCGAUCAGGACCACCUGUGAUUAUCAGUCAGUCAUGAUAAAACCUGUCUUAAAUAACUUGCCAUAACUUUUAAGGGUCUUUUCCGUACUUUCGCUUGACAAAAUCGUAUUUUAUGGAAAAGAAAGUGAAGGAAGAAAAAUAGAUGCACGAUAAAAUGGAAACUGUGUAAGGAAACAGAAGGGUUAAAGGUUGAAAGCCAGGCAAUAAGUGAACGCAUCAGAACAAACCCUCAGGCUUGUUCUUUGGCAUUCCCUCUCGAUCACAGUGUGAGUGUGUUUUCUUCCAUGUGCUAAUUUGUAUGUUUGGGCUAGUCUGCUCGGAUCUGUCUGUUGUAAACUGUGUGUGCAGAGUUGUGGCGUCUUGCGAUGAAUUUCUGGCUCCAAAGUUUUCUAUAUCUCUCAAUCUGUGUGAUAAAUGGCUCCCAUCCAGCACAAGCGCCCCCGUCACUCAAAAAGGUUUUUAAUUCAGCAUCUGUAAGGUUGUCUGUGGUGCGAAUCCUGAGACGUGUGCACAUUAAUUGGAAAGCAGCGGUUUGCUUUGUAUCAGAGGCUAAUCCGUUCAGCUAAUCCAAGCUAACAGAGCAGAGUGACAGGCAGAUGAAGCCAAUUGUCUCAGUUGUACGCUGACAGGGAAAUGGGAACCAGGCACAGCUGGAGACAUGCAUUUUAAUUUCAGUAGAAUAUAAUGUGAUUGCUUCAGGCCUGUUUUUUUUCUGCAGCUAUACAGUAUGCAUGAUUGAAAGGAAGCUGUUCUGUGAUAUAGCAGUGAGGUCAAGAUUACAUUGCGCUCAUGACAGAAUACAAAUGCACUGGGUAAAAUGAAUGCUGCACAUCACCAAGCAAACGUGGGAGAACUUAAGCGUCGUCUGGAAAUUACUCCAGCGAUGCAAUUAGAUUGGAUUCUUAUUAGAGAUAGACAACAUAAGAGCAAAGAAAGAGUAUUUUUAUUUUGAGCCAAAGAUCAUAAAGAUCAAAAAUGUAGGAGGUGAAUAAAAAACUGGAUAAACAGAAGAAUAGUGAUUUUAGUUUGAGGGAAAAUGGGGAUGGCAGAUCGAGGGCAUGGGUCAGUGGAGAUUGGUUAACAUUUACUUUUCCAGAGAUAUUUCAGUUUACCUCUGCAGAAGGCGAAUAAUUGCUUGUCUGACAAGCACUGAAUCCCUGGUACAUAAUGUCCAGACUGAAUGUAUUAGCAGUGAAAAAUCUGCACUUAUCUUCUAUUACCACCAAUCAUGGUAAUGUCGGUGAGGGAUUUUUUCAUUUAUUUUUUUAAUAUAUAACUCUUAACUAUAUCUAUGGCGUGGUUGUGAACAUAUACAGUGGGUACGGAAAGUAUUCAUAUCCCUUUAAACUUUUCACUCUUUGUUUAAUUGCAGCCAUUUGCUAAAAUCAAAAAAGCUCAUUUAAUUUCUCAUUAAUGUACACUCAGCAUCCCAUCUUGACAGAAAAAAACAGAUAUGUAGAAAGUUUUGCAAAUUUAUUAAAAAAGAAAAAACUGAAAUAUCACAUGGUCAUAAGUAUUCAGACCCUUUGCUCAGUACUGAGUAGAAACACCCUUUAGAGCUAGUACAGCCAUGAGUCUUCUUGGGAAUGAUGCAACAAGUUUUUCACACCUGGAUUUGGGGAUCCUCUGCCAUUCUUCCUUGCAGAUCCUCUCCAGUUCUGUCAGGUUGGAUGGUGAACGUUGGUGGACAGCCAUUUUCAGGUCUUUCCAGAGAUGCUCAAUUGGGUUUAGGUCAGGGAACGGUCACAGAGUUGUUCCCAAGCCACUCCUUUGUUAUUUUAGCUGUGUGCUUAGGGUCGUUGCCUUGUUGGAAGGUGAACCUUCGGCCCAGUCUGAGGUCCUGAGCACUUUGGAAGAGGUUUUCUUCCAGGAUAUCUCUGCACUUCAUUCAUCUUUCCUUUUACUGCAACCAAGCAUCCUGUCCCUGCAGAUGAAAAACACCCCCAUAGCAUGAUGCUGCCACCACCAUGUUUCACUGUUGGGAUUGUAUUGGGCAGGUGAUGAGCAGUGCCUGGUUUUCUCCAUACAUGCCGCUUAGAAUUAGUGCCAAAAAGUUCAAUCUUUGUCUCAUCAGACCACAGAAUCUUAUUUCUCAUCGUCUGGGAGUCCUUUCAUAUGUCUUGCACUGAGGAGAGGCUUCUGUUGGGCCACUCUGCCAUAAAGCCCGACUGGUGGAGGGCUGCAGUAAUAGUUGACUUUGUGGUACUUUCUCCCAUCUCCCUACUGCAUCUCUGGAGCUCAGCCACAGUGAUCUUUGGGUUCUUCUUCACCUCUCUCACCAAGGCUCUUCUCCCAUGGUUGCUCAGUUUGGCUGGACGGCCAGGUCUAGGAAGAGUUCUGGUUGUUCCAAACUUCUUCCAUUUAAGGAUUAUGGAGGCCACUGUGCUCUUAGGAAUUUUGAGUGCCGCAGAAAUUCUUUUGUAACCUUGGCCAAAUCUGUGCCUUGCCACAAUUCUGUCUCUGAGCUCCUUGGGCAGUUCCUUCACUCUUGCAAACCUCAUGAUUCUCAUUUGCUCUGACAUGCACUGUAAGCUGUGAGGUCUUAGACAUGUGUGUGCCUUUACUAGUCAAGUCCAAUCAGUUUAAUUAAACACAGCUGGACUCCAAUCAAGGAGUAGAACCAUCUCAAGGAGGAUCAGAAGAAAUGGACAGCAUGUGAGGUAAAUAUGAGUGUCACAGCAAACGGUCUGAAUAGUUAUGACCAUGUGAUAUUUCAGUUUUUCUUUUUUAAUAAAUUAGCAAAAAUUUCUACAUUUCAGGGAUGCUGAGUGUACAUUAAUGAGAAAUAAAUGAACUUUUUUGAUUUUAGCAAGUGCCUGCAAUGAAACAAAGAUUGAAAAGUUUAUAGGGGUCUGAAUACUUUCCGUACCCACUGUAAAUCAGCAGACAGGGUGUAUUUGUGCAGCUUGUAGGCACAAGUGCAUAGAUUUUUGAUGUGUCAUUAGCAUGUUUUGAGAUUUUCCAUUGACAAAUGGUUGGUUAGUUGGUCGGCAGGCUGUUUCAUUGAUUCAGUUCACAGUAAAAAACCUUUAGAGGGAUUUGUACAAACUUUGAUGGGUCCACAGAGGAUGUAGUGACAAUUCCUAUACUGAAGCCACUCCUGGCUGCUAAUGGGUCUCUUGUUUGGACGUGUACUCCAUGAAGAUAACAAAGUCUGGUCCUCUAUAGUUCUGAUGCGUUUCAUUGUUUUACCACAGUUUUUUGUUAUUUAUCGCGUCCGUUAAGCAGAUGGUAACAAUUCUACACAUAAAUCAUAAAAUAAAAAGAACUUAAUCAUUAAUCAGAUUGCAGUCAAAAACUGUUUGCUUAACCAGCAGCAUCCUUGACACAGUAAUCACUGAACUUAAAACACCUGUGGCCAGACUCAGCUGCCUCCAAAAUCCCUCUUGGCUGCCCUCUAGUGACUAGGAGGAGCAUUACCUUUCAAAUACAAGCUAUGGCUCUUACAGAGGAUACAUGUUGGUUUGGUGAUAUUCCUGACUUCUUCUCGUAUCAUACUAAGAAAGACUUACUGAAGAUUUAAUUGAAAUUUAAUACCUACAGGAGAUGUUUCUGUUUUUUUUUAUAUGUCCAUUGAUACGUACUUUAAGAUGAAUAAUUCCAAAUGGACAGAAAUGACCUCUUGCGUGGUAUACUGUACUUUUAUAGAUCAGAAGGUGGUGAAGAGGAUACUGUUCAAGAUCCCUGUGUUUUCAGAGAAAAACCUUUUGGCUACUUCUCACAAAAAAACACACCUAUGUCGAUAUCUAUCUAUAUCCGUCCCAAUAUCACAAAGGAGGAGUUCAGUCAGAGGGUUCUUUUGACAAAAUACGAAAGUUUUCGACUAUAUCUUCUGAGAGUCCUUGCGAAGUAGCUGGUGAAGCCUUAAACAACAACUUAAAGAACUCACAGGCUCUCUCUGUCACACACAGCACACUUCCUAAGUGUUAUAGGCAUCAGUUCAACUCCUGACUGGGCUCCAGAUUAAAGGAGACUGCAGUCAGAUAAGGGUAAUUUAGGGGACAAAAGUCUCCCUGUAGAAGAAAGUAACAGAUAUAAAGCGCAAAUUGACAGGUUGGCAGAGGCAUACACUAUGUGGCAGUAUAUUUUUUUAACAAAGUUGUCAAGGCAUGUGAUACUUUUCCCUGUGUAAAGCUGCGUACGUAUUUAUUAAAAUAAAGAAAGUAAGAAAACAGCCACAAGGGCAAAUGCAAAGUCAAACAACAUUUGGCCACUAUAGCUUGUGAAUCUAUAUUUAUUUUUUUCACUUCUGUGAAUCAGCUUCAAGCUGUUUAAAAUUCUUUUCAGACAGGUAUGUAUAAUUCAUCCAGGGAUAGAAACCUUCUCCACUGAAGGCAAUUGAUUCAAGCACAGCCAGAACCCAGCAGAAGAGUUCCUAUAUACCUCUCCAGGUGAUAUUCCCAUCUUUAACCAGAGAUCUACUUUUUCUACAUUGGAUUUCCCCUCUUCCUCUGUGCCUGUCUGACUUGCACUGACUUUCUGCUUCUCUACUUCUCUUUUUUUUUUUUAAAUAACAGGAGCAAAAGUAACUUUUCUGUCCAAGUUGAAAGAGCAGAGAUCUGAGUGUGUCUGCUUCAGCCCACACCGUGUGGUUUAUCUCCCUGUUGCAUGUUGGUGUGUUUGUAGGGGUUAUUUUUCCCCAGGAUUGAAAGGUCAAGGUGAGGUACUUUAAAGUUAAGAGUCAGGAGUUUGUGAGUGGUUUUGUGCCCUGCAGCCCAUGACACUAAAUCGACAGUAAAACAACUCCACUCUAAACACUUGUUUCUCUCUUUUCUGUUUCUUUUUUCUUUUAUAUUUUCCAUUUUUCUGUUGGCCCUCCUCAUACACAACUCACUUUCAAGUGUACAAAUACACUUUUCUGUGUUUCUAAUAAACGCCUCACACUUUCUUAUAGCAAACACAGAAGUCCUCUGUCCAUCUCCUUUUGUUUUCUCUCAUUUCCUUCAUCUCCUUUUGUCUUUCUGUGUCUCUUUGGGUCUCUGAUGUUUUCCCUUCUUCACCUUUUUUCUUCUACUCACCCUUUCUUUGUUUUGACGUCCUGUAGUUGGCUGUUUUCCCUUGGAUCUUUCCUCAGUCAUAAAUCACUGUCACCCCACUUCUCGGAGUGGGAAACCAGCUGCCAGCAUCAACAAUUCUGUGGGUGUGUGUUUGUGUGUGACUGUGUAUGUGUUUGUGCAAGAGAGAGAGAGAUAGAGAGGGAAAUGGAGCAAGAGAGAAUAUUUCAAAGUGUUCACCAUCUCAGUGAGCAUGCAUUUCACUGGGCUUGUUUGUGAACCCUUCAUCUCUCAAUACAUCCACACCCACCAAUGCAGAGAAUAUUCUACUGUGUGAGUGUAUGUGUGUAUAUUUGUGAGGGUGUGUGUACUUUAUGUGCUUAGAUGCCCUUGACCAAAACUGAGGGAUGAAGCUUGCCGGACUGUAUCAGCUAUGAAAAUUAAUGCCAGGGGGUUACACACAGCAGGCUUUGCAUUGUGCUUCUGGCUGCAGGCACACAAUAUGGAGAGACAAGCUAGAGGGAAUAAAUAUAGGGAAAAAUAUGCACUGAAUACAAAACAGCUCACAUAGGAAACACUCAUGAGAUUGCCUCGUCAGAGUUGUCACAAAGUCUUCAAGAAAAACCCGUCCAAGGGAAAAUUAGUAUUAAUUUGUCAAAAGUUUAAAAGGAAUGUAACAUGAGCUUUGGAGCUAAAAACUUUCUGAAUCCAAAGUUUUAAUUUCUCCACAGGGAAAUUUGUUCCAACAGCAAACACUUGUUGGAUUUCUUUAAAAAGCAACAACAAACAAACUAAAAAAAAAAGGACAUACUAAAUAGCCUAAAUCUGGAAACAUUUGCACAUUCAUGCUCAGACGUGUGUAAUUUAGCAUCCUCAGUUCGUAACUUGGGUAUUUUUAUUAUUCUGUACAAGCUUGUUUGUUGUCUUUGAAUUGGCUAAAACGUAGACAAUGGUAUAAUUUGUUUUGUUCUUGUUAGUAUCCUUUAAGUUGGCUAAUUCUUAGUUACUUGGAUAUUUUCUUAGCUAGCUUUCUUACACGCUUGCAAUCCGCUAACGCACACACUUGCUCUGCGAUCGACCCCUGUAUUCCUUCUCUGUAUACAGAGUUUGGCCUGCAUAAGGGGUGGAGCAUGGAUUGGUUACGUAGGAAAUCUCACUGUUUCUGAACCUGGGUCUGCCAGAUAUUCACAGCAAUUUGAAUGAAGAAAUACUCGGAAAAGCAAUUUCGCAUUUAGUUUUCUCAUUAUAUGUCCUGUAGCAUCAGAAAAAUGCCAUUAUGAACAUGUAGACAACAAGAAAAGCAUGAUUUUCAUCAGAGUGUGCCUGUCUGGCCUGUGGCGGGCUGAUGCGUAACUUAUAGCUUGACACAAAUUUCUGUUUAAUUAAAAGUUGCCAUUAACAAUGCUAUACCAUGUUCAGCAUUUGUUUACAAUAUUUGGUAAAUGUAUUCCUAUGAUCAAAAAUAAGACAUUUACAAAUUUUCUAAUAAUCUUUCUCAAAUAUAACACAGUAGACUGGUCAUCUACAAAGCUUAAAGAAAGUGUUAUAUUUAAGCUUGAUAUAUACCAGGUCUUCAGAGGAAAGUAACAGGGUUUGUUAGACUAGUUCUUCUUGGCAAAAUCCUCAUGUUAAAGCUCUGUUUCUAGUUCCUAACACACACUGAAUGAUUUAAAAUCUUGUAUUUCCACAGAGGACAUGGUUAGUAGCAGACGUACAAGAGUGGAGACAUUUUUGUCCAAAGUUUGCCAUUCUUUCUGCUGUACUGAGUUUCCUGACUAGAUCUUUUUGUGUUUCAGUCAGGUGUUUCCCCACGGCUUACCAGAGGAGUUCACCCUUGUCUUCACCCUGGCGUUGAAGAAAGCCGCCCUGAGAGAGACCAUCUACCUCUUCCAGAUCUCUGACCAGCAGGGUUACCCACAGGUCCUGCUCACUUCCUGUUUCCCACUCCACUUUUCCUUUCACUGCUUCUUCCUUACCUCCUCCUAACUAUCUUGCUUGAUCUCUCACCUUUUAUCCAUCAAACCUUUUGUCUAGUCAUUCUUGCCGUGUCUCAUUUAUCUUCUGCACGCUCACACUUCCACUUUUAAUUUAUCUCUCUCAGUGACACCUUUUCAGUUCUCUCCUGCUUUCAUUCCAGGCCUCUUUUGUCCCGUCUUAUUCUUCUUCCUCUUUCUCACUCGCUGUCUCUCCGGCAUCUUCCCUCCAUCAUCUUCCGCUCACCUCUUUCAUUCACCUUCAUUGUUAUUCAUGUGUGUUUCAUGAUGAAGCACUGGAGUCCCUCAGAGUCCCUAUAAUCACUGAGAGUCUGAGGCCAGAUUUAAAUACUCAAUGUGUAUGAUGGAUGGGGCCAAGUCUCCUCAUUAGGAGUGAUUGAUCGGCUGUACAGCUUGCGUGUGUAAUUAAUAUGUCUUCGCCUUUACUCUAACUCUACAGAGCUUCUGUGUCCUACAGCUCUGUAAGCUGGUCGCAGCAUGUACGUUUUACUUGUUAAAGCCAUAGACAUCCUUAUACAGAUAGUUUUUCCAAUUAAGCACUCAUUUUGGUGAUUAAUUAGCACUCCUUCCUCCUCCCACACCACUCACUGUUAACUCCCCACUCCCUUAUAUCACCACUUCAGCUCUCCGUAGACUUCAACGGCCCCGAUGGCACUCUGUCCCUGCGUGCCAGGGGAGUAGACCCCACUGUUGACCCUGUGAGCUGCGUUUUCUCCGGGGAAGGAGUGGAGGCCCUGAUGGAUUUCCGUUGGCACAAGGUGGCUCUGAGUGUGCAGCAAGAUUCUGUAUCCCUCCACGUAGACUGCAGCUCCAUUGAAACCAAACCUCUGGAUCCACGUGGACCUCUGCCCAUCGAUGGACACACACUGCUGGGCGUCAGGGCUUCUGAUGCUGGCGCUGCGCAGGUAUGGAACCAAGGACUUAAACUAAACUUAUAAGUCAUUCAAGGAUUUGCCUAGAUCUUUUACAGACCAUAAAAAACCUCUGAGAGUUUCCUUCAUGCUUUUUUGUAUGUUUCUGUAUUUUCUGUCCAAGCUUUAUGCAUAAAAGACUUAAAGCUUCACCCAAAUGUGACAAUUUAUUGAGGCGGUCUCAUUUAUUUCUGAUCAUGAAAGGAAAGCACACCAUCAGAAGAAAGGGUUUGUGGUGAGCCAGGGCUAUUUACGCUAAAUAGAUUCAGUAAUCCAGGCAUUUAGUCUGGCAUACUUUAAAAGCAGACAGUCUCUGCUGCUAAUACUGAAAGGAAGUGCUCACAGAUGCAUGCACUUGACUAUACACAACACAGACUCUGAGCCUUAGUUAAAGCCUCAGUUAAAGUUUAUUAGUAGAUGAUUAAGUAAACGGUCUGGGAUGUUUGAAGGCCUGCAGGUUCAAAUCAUCAUCUUCUUUUCUUCCUCUCUUUCUUAGAUGGAUAUCCAGCAGGUGAUGCUGUAUUGUGACCCUUCCCUUGCCAUCCAGGAGGCCUGCUGUGAGAUACCUGGGGCACGGGUGAGAUUGGCUGGCUGAUUGUCAAACAGAUCGAAACAAAACAGAACAUUUUAAAACCUGGAGAUGAAAGUAAAGGUUCAUUAUGUGGCUUAAUUACCCUGAUUUUCUCUCACACAUGAUGACUGAUUUGUGCUCACAACACAUUUGUGCUCUGAAAACCUGGCUGUAGCCAGUUGCUGAUUGUCUCGGCAUAGCAAAAGAUGUUUACACAUGCUAAUGUCAAGAAAUCCACUUACCAGCAACUCUAAAAAAACAUUUAUUAUUCACUUGAAAUGAAACUAAAACAAGAAUCACAAUCUUUCAGAAGAAGGUUUUAUGAUAAGUUGUUUACUAGCCUGAAGCAGUGUCUUUCUGGAGGGUUGGCGCACUGCUGGAAUGUGAUUCCAAUUAUACAUACUAAUUUGGAAAUGACCCAUCUAACCCUGGUAAACAUUUAAUGUUGCAAUGUCUCUACAGCACAAGCUGACUGAUCUUGUUCUGUAUCAUCUUACAGAGUAUCUUAUAUAUCUUUUACAAAGGCUGCUUCAUAUCCUCUUCGUGUCUGCCUGUUGCAAUAUGGAUCAUUCCCUGAAAUGUCAAAAUAUACUGUAGAUUGAACAAGGUCAAAGUGGAUUUCCAGUUCUUAUAAUGCUCAAAUCCUUUGCUAUUCACAAACCCUCUGAGGGAGUCCUCAGUGCUGCUAAGGUUUCUCAACAAGGGACUCAAACCUCUUGAGCCUGGGUAAAGGCACCCGCUUAAGGCAGGUGGCCUUUUCAAACCCAAAUUAUCUGUCAAACCGAGGCCUCUACUUUGGAUUGAACUCUCUGGAUCACGGUCCUCAAACCCAUCGCAUUCAAACAGCUGUUUUGUUGCUUUUGCUCUUCAACUCUUUAUCAAACCAUUGAGCGUUUUUGAACAUUUUGUCGCAACUUCAAUUCAAUUUAGUAUAUUCAAUUUAUUUGUUAGGGACAUUAACAAAGUGCAACUGUUAAUAAUCAAUAUGUGAUGCCUAAUUAGUGUUUGUCUAGUUUGGGUUUGUAAUCGAGAUCUACACCUGAUUUCCUAAACUCAUUUACUACCUAACUUUCUUCCGCCUCUGCUGUAAACACUCAGUUCAGCUAUAAUCAAAAACACCAGAGAAGAGGAGUAAAGAAUUAUGAACUUGUGAGCAAAUUAUGAAGCUGUGCAUGUAAACGCCCUAAGAUGUUUACAUGCACUUCAAUUGUCCAGUCUUAAUCGGAGUAAGGCAAAGAUUUGGUUUUUUUGAGUGUCAUGUAAAUGUACUGACUGUGCCUCUCUGAUUGUGUUGAUGUUUGGAUGAAAACGAGUCUUAUUUAUGUGCAAAGUGACCUUUUUUGAUAAAGAAACUUAUAUGCCUAUUCAUAUAAGAUGGGUGUCUUCACUGAAAGAGAUAAUACUGUAUCAUCAGUAUAAACCUAACAACCAGUCCUUAGAUAGCUUUCAGGUAGAUCAUUAAUAAUGGCUAAAAUCAAUGGGCUUAAUAUCGUGCCUUGGGGAAUACCUUUUUUAUUUUAUUUUAUUGAGGAGUAAACUCCCAGACAAAGCUUAUUUGAACUCCUCCUGCUUACUAUGACUUAUCACUUGCAAGCGAGGUGGAAAAAAUAUAGUUUCCCUUAGUUGUCAUGUAUUAAAAAGGGGGCACAGAGUGGAGGACACAAUGGCAUGACACCAAUUCAGUUGUCAAAGAGGGUUUGAUAAAGUUCAGGCAAAGGUUGGUACACAAAAAGGCUGUCAGGUCAGGCAGAGGUAUCAAAAAUGUGAGGCAAAGGCCCGAAAAAGGCAGGCAAAGGUAUUUCACAGCUUGGCAAUAAUUAUGAAUAAAUAUUGGAGAGAGACAAGAAGUGCAACAAACUGGCCUCGAGACUGUGAGACACACAAGGUUAAAUACAAGAGGUAAUCAGAGUGAUGGGAAACAGGUGGGGAGACACAAUCAGGCUGCAGGUGUGACAAGACGGGGGCAGGGCAGACCAGACAGGAACAAAUCUAGAGGACAGAAACAAGGGUUAGUGAUCUAUAGGAUAAAACAGGAAAUGCAAGACAUGAAACAAAACAUGAAUGUGCAGAAAUAAAGGACACUUAACCAAACAUGAAUUUACUGUAAAAGAAAAGAGUAACUUGUCUGACAUGACAAAACCAGCUCUUAGAGCCUACCUUUGAGCUACCAUCACAUAAUUACUAAACACGACUUGUUGCUGCCUUACAGCAAAAAUCAUUGAAUGUUACUUUGCAAUGACUGCAAGGGAGGCUAGGUUUGCAGUACCAGAAUCAACCAUCCUAAAUAGUUUGUGUAUUUUCUCAGGAGGCUCAUACUUGUUAAUUAGCAAAACUUUGUCUCCAUGUUUUGUUUUGCUCAUUAUAAUCCUCCAAAUGACUUUGUGUGGUCAGAAAAAAAUACAAAGCUGCCCACAUAAGGUUUUUUAAGGAAAGUUUUCUGACCUUGUUCGUCAAAUCAUUGAUUUUGAAUGCAACAGAUGCUAAUAAGCCGGUCUUAUGCAAGUCAAAAAUUCUCUUAGAAGCAUAUGGGUAUAAUGUAUACAAACUGACUGGGGCUUAGAGUAAUCCCAUUGUAGGCAAUUAUGUUACAUCGCCUAUGGUUUUCUAAUAUUGUUUGUACUGUGCGACUGUGACUAAAGCCUAAUUGAAACUCUCCCUUGCAGCUUGAGAAAUAUCUCUAUUUAUGUGUCCAGGAUUCUCCUCCUUUUCUUUCACCUCUCCUCUCAGCCUGUAUUUUUGUUCAGGUAUUGUUUACCGGCUUUAGACAAAAGCCUGAUAAAAUAGAAAACAGAUUUAUUGGACCUAAAUACAACAGCAGGUUUCUGUUCGACAGGAUAAGAUAGAGCGGGUGAUCAUUCAGUUAUGGAAAGAAUUUCAAACAGCCAGUUCUUGGGUUUAUUUUUAAGCUGCAGGUAUUUUUUUAUGCUCAGCCAACUUUUUUUUUUUUUUCUUUUUUACAGAAGUCUCCAGCGUGUCUGUGCGUACGUGUUUGUGUGUGAAUGCAGAUGUGUUUAUUUCAUUAUCAAACACACUGUAAAGAGGGAUGCAAACAGGGUUAGAAGUUCUCUCAGGCAUCUGAAACUUUGGAGUCCUCUAGAGAAAGGGAAGAGUGUUACAAAAUUGAAAAGGAGUUAGGGUAAAGCAUUUUGGAGGAAAAGCUCUUCUACUCGAGGCUUUCAUGCUGCGGGGUUCCCCCCGAGCAGCUUUUAUGUUUGAAAUGUGAAGUUUAGGUCAUGAGUUCACAGGUGUUGACACUCACGGACAUGCUCACACCAAAAAAGCUUUAGCAUCUUGAGAAAGGAAAGAAAUGGAGUGAUCUUAUCUGACAGCAUUGUGUCACUACAGCAGUAUAAUUAAAUGGCUCAGAAAGGCAGGUUCAAGACUAGAUGUUGAUUUAAUUUUUCAGGUAUGACAUUUGAGCUAGUUUAAAAAAAAUAAUAACAAUAAUAUAAUAAUAAAAAAACAAAACAGAACCAGAUAAGCUAUUACUUUCUGAAAAAAUGCCAUAAAUUAUUAAGUUUUUAUGAUUUACUUUUGUCUCACAUAUGCUGAUGCGAAUAGCCAACCAUAGUUUAGUUUUUUAAUGGUGUCCAAUAAAAUUUCAGGGGGGGGAAAUCUCUGGGACUGGGGCACCCUCGGCUCCACCCUAAAGCCACCCCUGAACCUGCAUCUCUCCUCUUCUAACUGUGGCGUGACCUGCCCCCUUCCUACAGUUUCUUUGUGUCUUUUUGUGUCUGAUCUUUUGGAAAGACUCGACAGCAGAUUCCCAAAUAACACAAUUUGAGUUCUGAAUGAUCAGUCAUCACAAAAAGAUGAUACCUGUGUGGCCAAGGUGAUUAAAAAUGUGAGAAAAACAGCAACCAGCUUAAAAAAUGUGAGGGAUUGUAUUGUUAAUUCUGUUUUUUGGGGGUUUCUAAUUAUGUGUCCCUUGUCUUUUUUUGCAGUGCCCACCAGAUACUCCCAAGAACCGCCGUGCUGCUGAAAACGACUUGUUGGAAAACACCUUCAGCCAG